UUUGAUCGUUAUUUGAUAUUGUCCUCGUUCUGGUGUCAAAAUAGGAUAAAAGGCAACGCUAAACGAUGCCAGUGAUUUUGAAGGAUUAUUCCUGGAGUCAGGACGCGGACUGGGUGACGAUUCAGGUGCCCUUCGCGGACAAUCAUCUGCGUCACGAGGAGUUGUUCACUAGCGAGCGGUUGCUCAAGAUCAACAAGGCACCUUACUACUGGGAGGUGCUUUUGGCGGACGCCAUCGUAGAAGAGGAGAGUCGUUGUGCGAUUCUGGAAAAUGAGGUGGUCUUCACGUUGAGGAAGAAGGAUGAAGGGGUGGAGUGGGAUUGUUUGGAGGUGCGAGCGGAUCGUGGUGAGAGAUUGCAUCUGAAGGAGACGUUUUUGAGCGAGCAUCAGAAGAAGUUGGAGGAGAAGGCGAAACAGCGGGCGAUCGAAAAGGAUCAGAAGAAGAGAGAUGAAAUCAGCAAACAGAUCGAAAGGGAAGGAAGCGAGAGAAAAGCGGUUGAAGAUUUGUUGGCGGAAAGCAAACGAAAGGAACUGGAGCGGAUGGAAAAGGAAAAACAGACGAAGACUGUUCCAAAAAAGGACACGCCUCGCCCGAAAGAGUUCAAAAAACCGGUACCGAUUCGACCAACGAAGAUAGUGGAAGAAAUUCCGCAAAUUCGACAGAGCGCAACUGUGGAGGUGUCGUUUACGAAACGGAAUUUCGUGACUCCGAAGCGCGAAUCCAUGGAACAGGACGAGCGCGAUUGGAUUAUGAAACAAGCGGCAGCGAAGAAAGCUACCGGUUUUGUAGAUGAGGAUUUGAGGCCCGAAGAGCGCAAUCCGGAGUGGCUAAAACAGAAAGGGGACUCGUUCUUUCAGCAGGGGAACUACUUGGGAGCGAUUUCCGCCUAUUCGACGGGGAUUAAACUGACAAAGGAAUACUACUCCCUAUAUUUGAACCGAUCGGCCGCCCAUUUUGCCAUGGAGAACUACCAGCGAUGCGCAGAGGACUGUUCUACAGCGCUGAAUCUCCUGGACCCACCCGUGGAAUCGAACAGGAAAGCUCGAGUCGCAUGUCUGGCGAGGAGAGGCGCUGCCCUGGUUAAGCUGGGCUUUCUCCGACAGGGAUGUGAUGAGCUGAUCGCUGCCUGCAAGCUGGAUCCCCAAAACGAUGGUCUUCGCCGAGAGGUGGAAAUGGUGCAACGAAAACUAGAAGAAUGUGAUACGGAUUCAGACUAGCCAGCGGUUCGAAUUGUACAAUAAAUCUUAUAUUGACUGUUUCAUUCAAUAA